UUGCCUGCACUCGCCGUCUUCGCCACUGCUGCCUUCGCCCGUCCCUAUAAGAGGUCAGAUGGUCUAACUGUCGACGUCUCCGGACCUGGAAGCAGAGUUGGCUCAAUCGAGGAUCUAAAAUUCACUGCAACAGAUCACGAACACGAACCCAGGAGAUGUCAAGGUUCCUCAAGUACGGGACCGUUCUCGAUGGUCUCCCAUCACGCUCGUUUAGCGUCACAAAAGAUGGCGUACCGGUUGACUUCACCGGUGUCAAGCUCAAUGUCGCCGUGAGUGACAGCGCAUAUACCACCAUCCCAAGCGGAGGAAAUGUCACAGUCGAGCACAAUGUGGCGGAUCUCUACGACUUUGCUUCCGCCGGCAAGGGUACGUUUGCUUUUGAGCCCAUCACCGACUUCCACGUGGUCGGUGCGGAGGAGCGUGUUGCUUCUGAGGUCUCCGCCUUCAAAGCAAUUGCCGAAGUUAUCGAAGUUGAGAUCACCAGCGACGUCACCAGGCGGUCACUCAAGCGCUCGACGGACGUCUGCACGAAUGAAACACUCUCUGGGUUCAUUAAUGCAAGUUACGUCGAAGCAAAAGAACUCGCCUCAGUCUCGUUGGAUUACAUCAGCACCUUGGGCAACAGUACGAACAAUACGAUGACCGCCUACUUUAGCACCAACCCAGCCCAGAAUGUCACUGAUAAGCUCCAACUCGUUUUGGAUGAGAACGACUCUUCGCGAACUUUGAACUGCUUAGAUGAAUACGGGGUAUGCGACGGAAACGUCAUCGCAUAUACGGUCAUCGACACUACGGACAUCUACUUCUGUGGCAUCUUCUUCGAUGAGGUUCCUUCCACUGAUCUUUGCAAUGGAGUCACUACUGUCGCGACGAGGAACAUUCGUGGUGGGACCCUACUUCACGAGCUCACCCAUGCCGUAGCUGAUACGGAGGACGUCACCUACGGAUGCGCUACUGAUCAGCGUCUCACCGCAGCGCAACAGAUUAUAAAUGCGGAUAGCUUCAAUUGCUUUGUGACACAGGUCUACAGUGACACGCAGUGUUGAAUACGGAGCCGUCAAGCCCGGGAUGACUUAUUCUUGUACUUAUGCUGAAACGAACAGUUUAUAUAUGAAAAGAAGUGCUCUCUUCGCUUUUUACUCUUAGCCAUUCUGAGGCUUGUCAAAUGUAUGCUCAUUACUUCUAUUAACCCUAGCCUUCGUGCCGGUGGUUCUCACAAAAUAACUGCUGGUUUCAUCUGCUUCGUCGCGAAGUG